UCAAUGUCAAAAUACACUGUCGUCUGUCAAAAUGGAAACUGUCAACGUCAAACGUGCGAGAAAGUUGAAUUGGUCCCAGGCUGAAGUCGAUGAACUACGAAAUUCAUACUUGGAGUUUCGUAGUGGUCAUCGAUGGACGCCUGGGAGUCACUCUCACUAAUUACCAGAAAGAGCAGACAUGGAGAAGUAUUCAGGAAAGGAUAAAUGCACAAAGCAAGGAGACCCGGAACAUUGGACGAAAUCAAGAAGAAGCUGUCAGACAUGAAAACAGCUAUCAAGAAGAAGGAGAGGGAGAGAAGACAGUUUGUCCACCAAGACAGGCGGUGGCCCUGCUCCUUUUACUUAAUGAACAGGAUGAGAAGAUGAUAGAAGCCAUUGGGGAAGUGGCAGUUGGAGGUUUUGAAGGGAAGGAUACAUUCAGUAUCAGUGUAGAAACUG